AGAGGACACCCUUUAUAAACCUAAACCUAUCAUAGAUUUAGUAACACGUGUGCAAAAUUUGAGUUGUUAUUAUUCCUUCUUUUUCUUUAACCUAACAAAGCUUCCGGCAGCUUCCGGCGGCAACUGUAAUUCAAGCUCGCCGUUUCUUGGUAUUGUUCCUUCCUCACCGUCCCUCCUUCUCCUUCUGCUGUGCAGAAAAAAUCAGAACAAAGCUAUGUCGUACGAUGAUGUAGAAAUCGAAGACAUGGAGUGGAACGAGGAGUUGCAGUCAUACACGUAUCCUUGUCCAUGUGGGGAUUUGUUCCAGAUCACAAAGGAAGAUCUCAAGCUUGGCGAGGAGAUUGCUGGCUGCCCUAGUUGCUCCCUCUACAUCACUGUUAUCUACAACAUGGAAGAUUUUCUUGGCGAUUCUGAUCAAAAUAGAACAAACAAGGGUCUUCAGCCCUCCAAACAAGCUGUCACCGUUGCUUGAAUUUCAGUUUUUUCACAACUUCUUAUGAAUAUAAUCAAUCAUUACGACUUAGUAGUUUUAAUCUAUGUAACUUUUGUUUAGUUCGUUUUACAAUUUGGGUAGAUUACAUGAUUUGUUUUAUUGCAACUGUGUGUACUUUUUUGAUUUAUUUUACCUGUCUAUUGGAUUAUACAAACACAAUUUGGGAGAAUUCCCCAGAUGUGUAGAUAAUUAUGGAGAGAAUGAAAAACAUUAAUUGCUAUUCAA